CUUUCGUACGUGUGUGCCUUUGAUAUGAUUAAAGCGAAAUUCAAAGAUCAUAUUUUGUUAUCCAAGGUUCACUUGAUGUUUCAAAAAAAACAAGAUUUCUUUUUUGUUAAACAUGGUCACAUUAAAGAACGUGAAUUUAGUGAAUAUGGCAUAGGAACAAAAAAAAACUUCGUUAAAUGAUAGUUCAUCCCGCUAUGACCAAUGAAUUAGACAUACACAAAUCGAAUUAAGGAUCAACAGUUUUUCCUCUCUCUCUUCUCUCUUCUCCUUUCUCUCUUCUCUCUUCUCUCUUCUCUCUUUCAUUUCUUCCGUGAAGUCAUAACCCUAAAUCUACUCCGCCUCCGUUUCUCUGCUCUCUUCUUCUCUUCGCCUCAAGCUUCUCUGUCUCUCUCUGCCGAUAUGUUCGCCGUUCUGAGGCUUCACCAUUAUUGCGGAUCUGUUGGUUCUGUUCUUGGAAGUGCGGCGAGGCUUGGAUACUCGCGGGAAUAAGGUUUUCUCGGUCGGGGGUAAUGGCCUGGGGUCAAGAUCUUUGCGUCGAUUGUGAGACUCUCUCUCUUCUACGCCAUCCAUCCUCCUUCUCGCUUGGGGUGUGAGCUGCUCGUGGGCCUGUUCCGGUGUGACGCUUCGAGGUUCUGGUUUGAGGGAACGUUUCUUCGACCGUGCCUCUUGUUUCUCGUUUGGUUCUUUUAGGUCUGUCGGUGGCUCCACGGUGGUCCGUCUGGUGAAGACAUCAUCUACGACAGAGCAGAUCUACGUCCGCUUCUCCUGCGUGAAGGCACGUGGGACUAAGGAUCUGUGGCUUUGUCAUCCUGGGUCUUCCAUUCUGUGGCGGCGAGUGCAGUUCUGGCCUGCUUCAGGGGCCUGAUCCAAGGCAUGCUUCUGACUGCUCUUUCGUGGAGUGAUGCAGACUAUGUCUGUUUGUUUAGUUUCCGGUGCGGUGGUUUGGCACUUCUCAACGGUUCCUCUUUCAUGAUUAAUGGCUCCGCUUUGUCUUGUGGGUGUGCUUGACCUCGGGUUUUACUGUGUGUCUGGGUUGCUGCAGAUUAGGAGGUCGUCUACAAGUAGUUCUUGGUUCAAACAUAUCCUUAAGAGCGGAUCAUCGGGCAUACCAACUUCUACUGGGUUCUGUCUCUCGUAUUCACUGGGUUCCUCCUUUUGCAGCAAGUAGGUUGUUCCAAUUAGUCGAGGCGUCCAGUUAGCAGUAUUCUUGUUGCGACGGUACCUAUUUUUCCUCGGCUGAGUCUCUGUUUAGAUUGCAUUUAAAUUCCAUCUGCCUCUUGUUUUCUAUGUACUUCUGUCACAAAUUUAAAAUUUGGUAAUUAUAUCUUAACAUUUUUACCAAAAACAAAGUUUGAAUUCUUACUGUUACUGAGCGAGUUCGCCCUAGAGAAAAUAUAACUACGCUGCCGCCACUCUCACCCCUCGACGCCUCACCUCACCGGCAUCGGGCCCUUCGUUCUGUCUGCUUCUCACUAACGUUUUCACUCUUCGGCUUCGUCGUCCUCAACGCCUAGACUCAUUCUCUCGCCGUCUCUUAUGUAGCAGUUUCAUCGGGUAUAUUCGCCGUCAUCUUCUCUUCUCCUCUUCGGGUCGCCGUCGCCUCCCCCGUUCCUCUCCUCGUCACCACUCAUCCUCUCCGAACGAGCAGAAGCGACGAAACUCGCACCAGAUCUGCUCGCCGUCUCGUACCCGUUGCGCCUCUGUCUCGCCUCUUCCCCUACCCAGACUUCUCCGACGAACGCAGCCCCUCAACGCCUCCAACGUGUGAAGCUUAGUGUCUCGCAGGCAGUGGUUCCUCCAUCUCUGACGACUCUCCUAGUCAUGUUUUCAUCCUGUUCGAGUUAUGCUCUGUUGCAUAGCCAAAGCUUCUCUCUAGACUGAGGUCGUCCUUCUCUGUGAGCCAUAUAGUUGUGAGUUCCCAGAAGAUGAAUUUCAGAUCUGUGAACAUUGAUGAAUUUUAGCAUCAUUUCCAAACCAGUUCGACAAGGAACACUCAACUUGAUCUUGAAGUGUCAAAUCCAGCCUUAAGGGCUUUAUUUUCUCUGCAGUUGGUGAUUGAUGAGACUAGGGUUUUGUUUAGGGAGAGAAUCAUCUUCAAUUUGGUCACUUUCUGUUUCGCAACAAAUGGAAGCUUUGAGGACAGGUUUUUCGAUGUUAAAGUAUUUGUGGUAACAGAUUUUGGGGAUGUUCAGCUCUCACAACCGUCUCAAGCCGUCAUCCUCUCAGCCUUCCUCCGCAAAACAUCAUCACACCAGCAUGUCUCGCCUCAGAGCUUAUCUAUCCACCAUCUCCACCGCAAGCCACCCUAGCACCGGCUGCUCCAUUCCUGCGUCUACUUCUUGUUGUCUUUGAUUGUUUGAGGAAACUGAUGCCCGCCAUCAAUUUCAGAGAGCCCAAAACUGUCACGAUGACUCUCUUUUGUUCGGUAAUUGCAUCGUUUGAUCACCAACGAGUACUUUAGAACCGGAGUUUAUGGCUCAACUCUCCUUGACCAAGCUUUCUUUAUGGAGUAUAUGCCCCUUCUCUCCGACCACGCCUGCAGGCGUACCUCAACAUUCCGUACUUGUCCCAAGUAUGCACCUUGGUCUCGAGGUCUCCAACCUUGGUUGGCAUCCUCUGCUCAUAUGUUGUCCACAUUAUCAUCAAGCGGAAGCCUCUUAUCACCAGUGUUGGUUACUGCCAACCGUUUCCAAACCCUCUUGAUAGGGCCCCUCACUGUCGGUUCAUAUUUCGACUUCAGUAUGUUCUUGGGAACAUCAGUUUCAGGGUAUCUUCAAUCUCCUAACACUUCUAUCAUUCGUAUUGUUGUACUAGUUUUCGUUUAUUAUCUAGCCGUCGAAUUUACUUCCGGUUGUAACCAUGUAACCCUUUUGGAUGUUUAAGUUUAAUAUAAGAAUUCCGUGACAAAAAAAAAGAAAAAAAAUCAUAUGUUAUGUGCAAUUGUCACACGUUGAGUUAAGGGUUGAAAAGUGCAUAAUAUAUAUGUAUAUAUAUAUAUAUAUAUAUACUUAGUUAAUUAAGUAAUAACCUAAGUACAAAUCUAUUAAUUUGUCUAAUUAAUUUUUGUAUAUCUAGUUUUAUAAUUUAUCAAAAUAUUAUAAUUAAACACAAAAUCUAAAAUAUAUGUCCGAAAGUGGAGAACGCAUAGCAUUCUCUGGGCAUAUAAUAUAAAUUAUAAAAAUAUAUAUCAAUAUUCGUUGACGCCUAAUCAUUUUUCUAGUCGUUAGACCUCUUAUCAAUUUUUGAGCAUUAGUUUUUACUUCGGAUUGCACCAAAAAAGUAAAGCUAAUACAUAUGUACUACUAGAUUGUUAAUUUUUAGAAUGUAAUAUUUGGGAAUCCUAUAUUCCAUUCAUUUCACAAUUUUUAACCAUUUAUUAAGAAUGAAAUAGAAUGCUCAUUCCAUUAGUUCCACAAAAAAUAAAUAUAAUUCAAAAAAUCAUUCCGCUAAAAUUUGUUCAUAAAUAAAUAGAAUAAAUUUCAUUCAAUUUUCUUCAUGUUUCAUUCUUUUUUAUUUCAUCAAUUCCAUUUUAUUUUUACUAGUUACGGUCUAUUUUUCUCUCUUUCAUCCCAAUAAAAUCUCUCUCUCUCUCUCUCUCCACAUCCCAUCACAAUUUCCAUUUCCAUUUUGUGUUCUUGUAUAAAGAAUCCCACAAGAGUAAAAACUAUUCUCUUCUCUCUCUUUCUCUCUUCUCCAUGACUGAUCCUCAUUCCAAUUUCUUCACAAAUUGGUUCAAGUCCAUUCCUUUUCACCAUUACCCUAAUUUCUCCACUAACCCACCACCUCUUCCUCCUCCCUCUUCCUUCUUCUUCUUCCCUCACUCCGGUGACCUUUGCCGUCCACCACCACCACCAACCCCUCCCUCUUCCCCUCCUCUCCGUGAAGCCCUCCCUCUCCUCAGUCUCAGCCCCGCCAACAAACAACAAGACCACCAUGGUCAUCUAAUCCAAGAGCCAACUUCAACCUCCGUCGAUGUUGAUGACUACUAUCAUCAUCACCAUCAAGAUGAUCAUAAUCACGAUGACCAUGACCAUGACAUCACCGUUGCUCUUCACAUAGGCCUUCCAAGCCCUAGUACUCAAGAGAUGGCUUCUUUUCUCACGCUGUCCUCUUCCUCCUCUUCCUCAAGGACUACUCAUCAUCAUGAGAACAUGAACAACCAGAUAGAUCUCGACAACGACUACCAUCACGAAGGUGACGAUGAAGAUUCAGUUGGCGGAGACGGCGCAUGUAGAAUCAGCAGACUCAACAAGGGUCAAUAUUGGAUCCCUACACCUUCUCAGAUUCUUAUUGGCCCUACUCAGUUCUCUUGUCCUGUUUGCUUCAAGACCUUCAACAGAUACAACAACAUGCAGAUGCAUAUGUGGGGACAUGGAUCAGAAUACAGAAAAGGACCUGAAUCUUUAAGAGGAACGCAACCAACUGGAAUGCUGAGGCUUCCAUGCUACUGCUGCGCACCGGGCUGUCGUAACAACAUUGACCAUCCAAGGGCAAAGCCUCUAAAAGAUUUCAGAACACUUCAAACACAUUACAAGAGGAAGCAUGGAAUCAAACCCUUCAUGUGUAGGAAAUGUGGAAAGGCUUUCGCAGUCCGAGGGGACUGGAGAACACAUGAGAAGAAUUGUGGUAAGCUUUGGUAUUGCAUAUGUGGAUCUGAUUUCAAGCACAAGCGAUCUCUGAAAGAUCACAUCAAGGCGUUUGGAAAUGGCCAUGGAGCUUAUGGAAUUAAUGGAUUUGAUGAUGAAGAUGAGACUGCCUCUGAGGUAGAACAAUUAGACAAUGAUCAUGAGUCAAGGCGGUCCAAAUAGCGUAUAUAAAUUAGUUAAUACUUCGUAAUUCAGUAUAUAUAUUAAUUCUAAGAAUACCUAUAUCUAUGGAACAAGUUUUGAUGGGAGUAGGGCUUUUCUGAGUAAGAGCUAUAUCAUCUAAUUGAUCAUAGAUAAAAAGAAUGAAUCAUGAUCACUUGAAAUUUUUUUUUAAAAAAAUGUAUCUCUAGUUUGCUACUUAAGUUAUUAAAAGGCAAUGUAUAACUUUUUUUUUGAAUGAAUGAAAGAUUGUAUUCAUCAAAAAAAGUUACAUCUAGUACUUUUACUUUUGAGUUUGUGUAGGAUCUUUACAACUUAAAAUCGUGUGGAAAACAAAGUAGUGAGAACAACUUCAUAUCUUUUCACCCCUGUUUUCAUGGCAAUGUAUAACAAUGAA